CGUCAUAUUCUUUGAAGCAAACAGUCACUUGCUGCAAUACGGUGUGGUUCAAUUGAAUUCAAUGGAACUGACUCGAUUAAUCUCUUCRUAAAUCUAGAAUAUCGACAAUGACGCACGAUACUCUUACGAGAUCAGAUUGCUUCGCGGUGCUACUUUUGGUGGUGGCAGUUUUGCUGUUGCCAAACGAUGAUUCGUUGUCGACCGCGUUUGAAUUGUCACCAGUAUCGAAGGGGAGAGUGCAGCGGCUUUCCGUACCAUCAGCGAAUGCACGACAAAAAGAACGCCAACGUCAACGUCAACAGCAGCAGCAGCAACAACAACAACAUUGGGCAAGCGAUUCUUCGUGCACGAGUUCCCAUCCCCGUUCUUUGUUUUCCCUAUCGAGCUCCUCGACGAGCCACGAACAACAACACCCGGGAAGUGUUUCGGCUUCCGACGAUCGGCGGAACCAGUCCCUCGAACAGGGGCACCACCCGCUCUGGUCACUCAACCUUAACCUGGAUUCGAUGGCACAGGCCGGAGCUGGAAAUCGUGCCCAAGAACUCCUAAGAAGGAUACACGCACUAUACGAGGAGGGGUACUACGAGGUUUCCCCCGACAUUGUGUCCUAUAACUCYGUUUUGAAAGCUUGGAAGGAAGAAGAGGAGCCGGAGGCCGCCCUGGAACUCCUGGAAACCAUGAUUCGAAACGAAAAAGAGGGCGCGCAACGCGAAGCCUUUGCGAAAGUGCGAUCAUCUUCCGAUGCGAACUCCGCAAAGGACAAGAGUGACAAAACCAUUCGAGUAGACGUCAUCUCCUUCAACACGGUAAUGGCCGCAUUCGCCAACCAGGGAAACCACGACAAGGCCCUCGAGCUYCUGCGAAAGAUGCAGAACAAACCAGACAAGAAYAGAGGCACCGRCACGGAGGAGAAGGAAGACGACUAUUUUUACCCCACMCCAGAUACCAUUACAUACAACAUUGUUUUGUACAGCCUGGCACAAUCCAACGACCCUGGAACGGCGGCCAAGGCAGAGAACCUUUUGAGGGAGAUGAUGAUGCAAAAGGAACGAACGGGUCUCUCGGUUGUCGACACUAUGAGUUUCAACACGGUGCUGUAUGCCUGGUCCCGGGAGGGAGAAAAGAAAGAUCACAAUCCGGGAACCACCGGAAAGAGCGGCGUUCGGAAACGACCGGUGUCUCCCAAAAUGGCCGCCCAGCGUGCCGAAGACCUUCUCACCAUAAUGGAGGAGCUGUCCGAGGCCGGGAACCUGAGUGUCCGGCCCGAUGUGUACUCCUACACCACGGUCAUCCAGAGCUGGUCUAAAUGCGGGGAGGCGAGCGGAACCGACAAGGCCAGAGUGGUCCUGGAACAAAUGGUCGACAAGGGCCUCCAGCCCAACCAGUUGACGUAUACUGCCCUCAUGAACGCUCUGAACAAGGCGGGGCAGCCCGAAAACGCCGAGUCCGUUCUCCGCCAAAUGAUUGCAGCGAACCACCAGCCCGAUAMCGUGGCGCUUUCGUCGAUCAUCGACGGCUGGGCGAGAGUCUCCAGCAAGGACCGACCCGAGGCCGCCAAGCGGGCCCUGCAGAUCCUCGGGGCCAUGAAAAAGAAAAAGGAUUCUCCGUGGAUGCGACCAACGGCCCUCACGUACACCUCGGUCCUUACCGCACUUGCCAAGAGCGGAACACGGGAUGCCUGCGACCAAGCCCUGGACCUCCUGGAGGAAAUGGAGGAAGCYUAUGCCGCGAGUGGUGGUGACGACUACGACGCAARCAAUGUUGUUAGCAGUGGGAUGGYCGACGCGAAACACGACAAAUGGUCGAUCCGCCCCAAAAACAUUCACUACAACUGCGUCCUAGACGCGUACGCCCGGAGUUCGAGGGCCGACAAAGCCAUCAAGGCCCAACACYUGAUGACCGUGAUGGAAAAUCACUCGCGAUUGGACUGCCGACCGGAUACCAUUAGCUAUAAGUGAGUUUGGAAAGCAAUAGUCUCACCGUGCUUGCGUGUUUGCGAACGUGAUGGUGUACCCUUUGGUACACUAUGAAUGGACCCGUUGGAGUGAAUUUGUCAACCAAUCAGUCCUUUGUGGCUAACCAUAACUAUGUUUGCAAUCUUUYGUCGCAGCUCUUUGAUGAUGGCGUGCGCGCACGCCACCGGAAACCAACAAAUGAGGGAACAAUCCUUUGAGAUCGCCCUCCGAACCUUCAAAAUAUUGGCAUCCAAGGGUGGCACUACGGGCAGCAUACAGCAGCGAGAACAACUUCUUGCACACAAACCUGUGUACGAGCUCUAUCCAACCUCCGCUACGUUUGCGCAUUUGUUUCGGGCCUGCCGAAAGCUUCUCCGCCCCGACAACGCCCGCCGGCAAACCAUCCUUUCGAAAAGCCUUGUCAUCUGCCAAAAACUGGGGCUGCUGAAUUUCCUGGUGGUACACCAGGUUCAGCUGGCGUGCCAAUCGGAGAGAGCAUGGAGGGAAACCGCCGGAGAUCUUUCCGAAUACAUCGGCUGGAAGGACGACUUCAAGCGGUGUGGCAAAACCGUUCCGCGGGAGUGGACCUGCAACGCUAGAAGGUAGCAAGGAUGGGGAUGGCAAUCGAUUGAAUUGCAUCGAAGGGAUUGUAAGAGUAACGAGUAAAAUAKACGAAUUAUU